AUGGAGUCACAAUAUCCCAGUCGGGGAUCCUUGCUUCCCCCGACGAAUAGCACCGCUGCGGAGGAGAGUUCGUCAGAAGAGAAAUGCUUGAAAAGGGAACAGGACCUUUCCUCGCCAAGUAAAGCGUUCGACCGCCAUCUGGAUCUCGAAACAAGAUCGCCACCCAUCGUGCAAGGCAUAACGCCGUCGAGUGACACCUACCAGGACUCCAUCAUUGCAGUAGAGGACCGGGAUCUACAAACACAACAACAGCAGCAGCAGCAGCAGCAGCAGCAGCAGCAAGGAACAGAACCACCAUACCAACAACCAGAAACGCCAUAUCGCCGCCGAGAUAUCGUCGAGCAGGCCCGUAGCACGGCUGUCCCGACGAGACCUCGGGAGGCCGACAGCCAAAACAGCCCACCACCUCAGCUGGUCUACGUGAUCCGCAGACAGUUCGACAACGAAACCAGUGACGCCACCACAUCGACCACCAGCAGUAGUAGCAGCAGCACCAGCACCACCACCAGCGAGCGUACUACCACCAGCGACCGCACCACCACCACAAGCAGCAGUCGCAGCAGCAGGACAACCAACCGAUCGAGCAGCCGCUCGAGCACAUCGAUAUCAAUCCUGCCGCUCACCAGCUCGUCUGCGUCACUGACCAAACCUCCCAGCACCCUGUCGACCUCGAUUACCGCCUCGCCAAACGUCACGCUGUCUCUCCUACCACCGGCCGGGGGCGGCAACUCCACGGGCUCCGGCCCCACCACCACCGUGACCAUCAUCACGGGCCCGCCGCCAUCCAAUGCGCCAUCCGCCGCCACCAGCAGCGACGAGCGCAUGUCGGCCAACCUGGUGCUCGUCGUGACCUUUUGCGCCGUCUUUGGCGCCGUCAUGCUGAUCGGCACGGGGAUCUUCCUCUGGAAGCGGGCGCGCAGGCGAAGGGACCACAUCAACGGCUCCCCGAUCAAAGGCGGCGGCAUCGGCGGCAAGGGUCUGGGCGGCGGCGGGAAGCGCGGGAAGCGCAGCAAGUACGACGGGCCCACGGGCUCGCUGUACGGCGACGGCCCCUACGCCACGGCGGCGGGGGAGAUGGAGAACGGGCCCGUGUGGGGGGUCACGCCGCCCUGGGCCGUGGCCGAUCUGCCGCUCACCCCGCCCAACAUCGUGCUGCCGCCCGACCCCAACCGGCGCAUGACCCUGCCGGGCACCAUGUCCAGGACGCUGCCCAAGAUCGUGGCGCAGCGGGCCAGCCCCACGACGGAAAGCAGAUCGAGCAACUACCCACCGUCGAGGAGCGGGAGCAGCGCGUACAGUCCGCCCAGGGGGAGGAGUCCAAGGGAUGAGGGGUACGAUCCCAGCAAUGUGAUAUGA